CUCCGGCUUCAGUCCGCCACCUCCGCGUGCCGUCCCCAGGAGGCUGCCGCGUCGCCCACCCCCACCUCGCCUCCUCGCGGCCGGACUCAGGGUCGCGCGCCCGAACUCCGCCUUCUCCCGCGGCCCCGCGCACUCCGGCGCGGCCUCUCCGCGGCCCGGGCCGGCCAUCUCUCGGCCGCUCCCCUCCUCCCCUGCUCGCCUCGCGCUCCCCGGGCCCCCCAGCUCUCGCGCUCUCCGAGGCAGGCGCGCUCCCGGCCCGCGCGCUCCGGGCUCCGGCUUCUCCCGGCUCCUGUCAGUGCGGUGACUGCGCUGGGAAACAUGGCGACCGAGGGAAUGAUCCUCACUAACCACGACCAUCAGAUCCGCGUCGGAGUCCUCACAGUGAGUGAUAGUUGCUUCAGGAAUCUUGCAGAAGAUCGCAGUGGGAUAAAUCUCAAAGAUCUUGUACAAGAUCCUUCUUUAUUGGGUGGGACUAUAUCAGCAUACAAGAUAGUACCAGAUGAAGUGGAAGAAAUCAAGGAAACUCUAAUAGAUUGGUGUGAUGAAAAGGAACUAAAUUUGAUAUUAACAACUGGAGGAACAGGAUUUGCACCACGAGAUGUCACUCCAGAGGCCACAAAAGAAGUAAUAGAACGGGAAGCACCAGGGAUGGCCCUGGCAAUGCUGAUGGGAUCACUUAAUGUUACACCUCUGGGCAUGCUCUCUAGGCCUGUAUGUGGAAUCAGAGGGAAAACUCUCAUAAUUAAUCUACCAGGUAGCAAGAAAGGAUCUCAGGAAUGCUUUCAGUUCAUACUGCCAGCUCUACCUCAUGCCAUUGACCUUUUACGUGAUGCCAUUGUAAAAGUAAAGGAGGUGCAUGAUGAACUUGAAGAUUUACCUUCCCCACCACCUCCUCUUUCCCCUCCUCCCACAACCAGCCCCCAUAAACAGACAGAAGACAAAGGGGUUCAGUGUGAAGAAGAAGAAGAAGAGAAGAAAGACAGUGGUGUUGCUUCAACAGAAGAUAGUUCCUCAUCACAUAUAACUGCAGCAGCCAUUGCUGCCAAGAAGCAUCCAUUCUACACCAGUCCUGCUGUUAUCAUGGCACAUGGUGAGCAGCCCAUCCCUGGUCUCAUCAAUUAUUCCCAUCAUUCAACAGGCAGUACAGAUGAACGGAUUCCAGACUCCAUCAUUUCUCGUGGUGUUCAGGUGCUCCCACGAGACACAGCCUCCCUCAGCACUACUCCUUCAGAAUCUCCUCGUGCUCAGGCUACUUCUCGCCUCUCCACAGCUUCCUGCCCUACACCAAAACUCCAUCGAAAGCUGGAGGAGCUCAGAGAUCACCUAGAAGGCAAUGUGAAAGGAUACUCUCUCAGAGUAAAUGUCCAGUCCAGGUGCAGCAGCAAGGAGAACAUUCUCAGAGCCAGAGGGCGGAAGUGGCCGCGCAGUGGCGCCUCCUUCUCUCGCGAGAGGUGGGAGGCAUGGAGCCAGCCGCUGUGGAGAAGCCGGGAGCGAGCCCAGGUGGCAGGUCAUAGUGCUGUUGAUAUCACCAAGGUGGCUAGAAGACACCGCAUGUCUCCUUUUCCUCUGACAUCUAUGGACAAAGCCUUUAUCACAGUCCUGGAGAUGACUCCGGUGCUUGGGACAGAAAUCAUCAAUUACCGAGAUGGAAUGGGGCGAGUCCUUGCUCAAGAUGUAUAUGCAAAAGACAACCUACCCCCCUUUCCAGCUUCAGUAAAAGAUGGCUAUGCUGUCCGAGCUGCUGAUGGCCCAGGAGAUCGUUUCAUCAUUGGGGAAUCCCAAGCUGGUGAACAGCCAACUCAGACAGUAAUGCCAGGACAAGUCAUGCGGGUUACAACAGGUGCUCCAAUCCCCUGCGGUGCUGAUGCAGUAGUACAAGUGGAAGAUACUGAACUUAUCAGGGAAUCAGAUGAUGGGACUGAAGAACUUGAAGUGCGAAUUCUGGUGCAAGCUCGUCCAGGCCAAGAUAUCAGACCGAUUGGCCAUGACAUUAAAAGAGGGGAAUGCGUUUUGGCCAAAGGAACCCACAUGGGCCCCUCAGAGAUUGGUCUUCUGGCAACUGUAGGUGUCACAGAAGUUGAAGUUAAUAAGUUUCCAGUGGUCGCAGUCAUGUCAACAGGAAAUGAGCUGCUAAAUCCUGAAGAUGACCUCUUACCAGGAAAGAUUCGAGACAGCAAUCGUUCAACUCUCCUAGCAACAAUUCAGGAGCAUGGUUACCCCACAAUCAACUUGGGAAUUGUGGGAGACAACCCAGAUGACUUACUCAAUGCCUUGAAUGAGGGGAUCAGUCGUGCUGAUGUCAUCAUCACAUCAGGGGGUGUAUCCAUGGGGGAAAAGGACUAUCUCAAGCAGGUGCUGGACAUUGAUCUUCAUGCUCAAAUCCAUUUUGGCAGGGUUUUUAUGAAACCAGGUCUGCCAACAACAUUUGCAACUUUGGAUAUUGAUGGUGUAAGAAAAAUAAUAUUUGCACUACCAGGGAAUCCUGUAUCAGCUGUGGUCACCUGCAAUCUCUUUGUUGUGCCUGCACUGAGAAAGAUGCAGGGCAUCUUGGAUCCUCGGCCAACCAUCAUCAAAGCCAGGUUAUCAUGUGAUGUAAAAUUAGAUCCUCGCCCAGAAUACCAUCGGUGUAUACUGACUUGGCAUCACCAAGAGCCACUGCCUUGGGCACAGAGUACAGGUAAUCAGAUGAGCAGCCGUCUGAUGAGCAUGCGCAGUGCUAAUGGAUUGUUGAUGCUACCUCCAAAGACAGAGCAGUACGUGGAGCUCCACAAGGGCGAGGUGGUGGAUGUCAUGGUCAUUGGACGGCUAUGAUGGUCACCAGCAGGAGAACGCUUUGAUGCAUGUCCACAUAUCAUUGACUGUAUCCUGUAAUAUGCAACGGCACAGCUAGUUUUUCUGAUUUGGAUAAAAGUUGAUCUGUAUAGUCAACAUCUCGAACUAUAUUUCAAAUGAAUUUAAAUACCUUUUAAAGAAAAAAAAAACACCUAAAAAUAAAUCUUACCAGACAAUUCUAUUCUGAUUAUAUCAAAGCAAAUUUUUCCUUUCUUGCAAAUUGCUUUGUGUGUUCAAUGCUAGGUCUGAUAGCGAUAGCUUUUAGUAGACAGCAGUAGGUGCCUGCAGAACUUGUGUUUUUUCUCAUCUUUAAAAUACAACUACUUAUGCUCUUAAAUCAAGGCUGUCUGCUUAUUUAUACUAGCGUAGGCAACACUUGGAUUUCCCUUCUUCGUAUGCUUCAUAAUCGCUUUGCAGAGAGCUUUUGCUUGUUCUUUAUCAUGUAUCUCGUGUUGAUGUGCACAGUGCCAAAAGAAGACUAACAGGGUGGAGGCCCUGGUCGGCCGCAAGAACCAUGCCCUGCAGAGCGUCCAGGGAGGUGUCUGACCCUUAGUAGCCUCACGGCACAGUACUCUUGGGCAGUAACUGGAUACCUUUUAUUUGAACAAACAAACUGAAGAAAAUAAUGCUUCCUUAAGUGCUGACAGCCUUUUUAACCAAUACAUUUAAAAUUGUACAGAACAAAAAAAUAAAAUCAAAGACUGAUCUUGUACAGAUAUUAGUGUUACCAGCAUUCACGUGGAAAUCAAGAGCAAAGACAAAAUAAUGUUAAACAACUCUGUACCAUAACAUUUUCUGUAAUGAUACUAAAACUUAAUGAAUAAAAAAAUCCUUGAUCAUUAUUUAAAAAUGUA